AUGCCCAAGUCCAAGCGCGCAAAGGUUGUCCACCUCACCCAGGUCUCCAAGAAGACCCGUGAGCAAAAGGAUCAGCUCUUCCAAAACAUUCGCGAUCAGGUUCCCGAGUACCAGCACUGCAUUGUCUUCAAUGUGGAUAACAUGCGCAACAACUACCUCAAGGAGGUGCGCCGGGAGCUCUCCGACAGCCGACUCUUCUUCGGAAAGACAAAGCUCAUGGCCAAAGCCCUUGGACAGACCCCCGAAGAAGCUAUCCUUCCCGGCAUCGAGGGCCUCGCGCCGCACAUCACCGGCACCGUCGGCCUCCUUCUCACCAACCGCCCCGUCAACGAGGUCCUCGACUACCUGAACGGCAUCGUCUCCGUGGAUUUCGCCCGCGCCGGCGUUACCGCCUCACGCUCCUUUAUCAUUCCUCCCGGCGUUGUUUACGCUACCGGCGGCGAGGUCCCCAAGGAGAACGACAUCCCUCUCGGACACACAAUCGAGCCUGAGCUGCGAAGACUGGGCAUUCCCACCAGAAUGGUCAAGGGCAAGGUCGUGCUGGGCGAGGAGAAUGGCGAGGGCGAGGGCUACACUGUCUGCAAAGAGGGCGAUGUUUUGGAUUCACGGCAAACCAGACUGCUGAAACUGUUUGACGUCUGCCUGAGCGAGUUCAAAAUCAAGGUUCUAGCAUACUGGAGCGCUGCCACCAGCGAGGUAACGGAAAUCGACCAAGCCGCCAUGGAAGGAGUUGAGGAGGAGGAUUAA